GCACGUGCGCAACAACGAAACCGAGAAGCCUCAAGGUACGUCCGAGACCGUUUCGACUCAUUGAAGACGUCAACAUACCGAUUUUUCGUCUACAAUUUGAAAAGUAUACAAUGCAGGGUGUUAUGGCGCCGUUCCUCUUCACCUGCCUUCUUCUCUUCCAAUCAUCGGUCUCCUCUAUCCGUGCGACGUCCUGCCCAUCUCACACGCAUUCGAGCAAGACACCCAAAUACAUUUCUCUGGUGACCAGAGUCGACCGGCCGGGCACGUCGUUCAAACCAUCAACCGGCAAGCUACUCAAAGUCUACGAACUCAACAAUUCGACCCUCCGCGGCCGAUUCACAUCCCACUCCAAUCUGCUCGUUCACUUCAAGUCGACCUGUGCCGGCCUCGUCCACGUCUGGCGCGCCAACGGUAGCACCAUCAUCAAACAAGACGUCGUUUCUCGACAGCGAGAUCUCCGCUACGCGAACGUUGAGGACCACCGCUUCGUUUACAAACCGACCGGAAAGGCCUACGCAUUGCCGGAGCACCGUCGCUCGAGGAGAGACGUCGAGGAGGAGUAUGACCAGAGAAGCUGCCAAGCCCAUCUUGCAGACCAACAAGAAGUUGCGAGAGCAUUUGAGAAGCUGACGGCCGACCCCGACGUUCGAAUUCUCUCCAAGAUAUCUCAGGCUCUAGCCGAGUUCGGCAUCUACGGAUCGAAGUCUCCCUGCUCGUUUCCUCUCCACUCUCUCGCCUUGGCCAUCUCGCGUCGUCUUCCAGCCAACGCAACGGAAGCGGCCGAGGACGCCGAGAACUUUUCCUGCGCGGAGAGCAAACUCCUCAAGAGCCCGAGAAGGAGACGAUCUUUCUGGUCUUCGAUAUCACGUGCUCUUGGUCGUUUGAUACGCACUGUUGUGGAGAGGGUGGUCGAACCGCUGACUGGACUGUCUAGGAAGUGCACGUCGCUCGAAACCAAUCGCCAAAAUAAGUGUUUGGGAAUGUGUGGCAAGGAGUGUAACUGUUGGAAAUGGGUGUGCGGCAACUGUUGCUACAACGAGGGAUGUUAUCAGCACGAUAAAUGUUGUGAGCACGAUACCCUGGCCUGCUGGCUACCGACGGGCUUCAAUUGCCAGUCGUUUAAAUGUUGGUCGUUGUCGGAGCAACCGGAGUGUCCCACUAGUGCAGGAAAUCGCCCCAGUGAGUGAGUCUGACAUUGUGUCUAGACCGCGUUUUUUGUUCAUUGGUAUAUUUGCAACGUAGCGAUUAACUUAAGGUUGCAUACGUUAUUGUUUGUUUGUCGUCUUGUUGUGCGUUUUCUAGCAGCUUACUUGCUUUAUCGGAAACAUAUGUUGUGCUGGUUUGCUAUAAUCUAUUGUUUCUCUAUCA